GACCUGGUCAAUAGGCACUUCCACCCAUCGUAUAAACUGUUGGGACUUUCCCGGCUGAUUGUGGUGUGAAUGUUGUAGCCUCUGUUGUGAAGAGCUUACAUUUGGGGCAAAGGAAGGAAAAUCAACUCGGCUGCAAGAAAAGCAAAGAGAAAACACGAGUUAACGAUGGACUAGGAAGCUGACAUUGGAUGUCAGCAGUUCACGGAUCACUGGGGUCAUCUGGAGGGGUCACAGGUGAGGACAGCGCCCAGCCUCAGAGAGAGUCUGCCUAGCCAUGAGCCAGGUCUGCACUGGGAGCUGUGGAUGUAACUCAGAGAGCAGGCCAUCCUUCAGAGAGAGCGGGAGCAGCCGCCGCCACUGAGGAAGGGAGAUGGCAAGAAAGAAGUGGAAAAAUUUCACUACUUUGGAGCUUAUGCUCAGCGCACUUCUGCUUGUGUUAUUUAUCAUCACUAUUCCUAUAUUUGUGCUGUCAGCUAGAGAUUCUUUGGGAUCAGAAGAUCCUGGGACGACAGUGACCCCAGAUCCUGGGACGACAGUUACCCUCAAUCCUAGUUCGACAGCUAUCCCAGAUCAUGAGACAACAACUACCGUCCCUGCUUCUGCAGAGUGCCCAGUGGUGAAUGAAUUGGAACGGAUAAACUGCAUCCCUGACCAGCCACCAACAAAGGCCACAUGUGACCAGCGUGGCUGCUGUUGGAAUCCUCAGGGACCCAUAAGUGUGCCCUGGUGCUACUAUUCUCAGAGUCAUGGUUAUCAAAUGGAGGACAACCUUGUAAACACAAAUGCAGGAUUCACAGCCCAGUUGAAAAGGUUGCCUUCUCCAUCUCUGUUUGGAAAUGAUGUCAACAAUGUCCUUCUCACAGCGGAAUGUCAGACAUCUAAUCGUUUCCACUUUAAGUUAACUGACCAAAACCAGGACAGGUACGAAGUGCCCCAUGAACACGUGCAAUCCUUCAAUGGAAAUGCUGCUUCUGCCUUGACCUAUGAAGUUACGGUCUCAAAACAGCCAUUUAGCAUCAAAGUGACCAGAAGAAGCAACAAUCGUGUUCUGUUUGACUCAAGCAUUGGGCCCCUCUUGUUUGCUGAUCAGUUCCUGCAGCUCUCCAUCCGUCUGCCGAGCGCCAAUGUGUAUGGGCUGGGAGAACAUGUGCACCAGCAGUACCGUCAUGAUAUGAAUUGGAAGACCUGGCCCAUAUUUAAUAGGGACACAACCCCCAAUGGGGAUGGAACUAACUUGUAUGGUGCACAGACGUUCUUCCUGUGUCUUGAAGAUGCUAGUGGAUUGUCGUUUGGAGUGUUUCUGUUGAACAGCAAUGCCAUGGAGGUUUCUCUCCAGCCUGCCCCGGCGGUCACUUACCGCACCAUCGGGGGUAUUCUUGAUUUCUAUGUGUUCUUGGGAAACACGCCAGAGCAAGUCGUUCAAGAGUAUCUGGAGCUCAUUGGACGACCAGCCCUACCUUCAUACUGGGCACUUGGAUUUCAUCUCAGUCGUUAUGAUUAUGGGAGCCUGGACAACAUGAAAGAAGUCGUGGAGAGAAAUCGUGCAGCACAACUUCCUUACGACGUUCAGCAUGCUGAUAUUGAUUAUAUGGAUGAGAGGAAGGAUUUCACUUAUAAUCCAGUAGAUUUUAAAGACUUCCCAGAGUUUGCUAAGGAGUUACACAAUAAUGGACAGAAACUCAUCAUCAUUGUGGAUCCAGCCAUCUCCAACAACUCUUCCCCAAGUCAACCCUAUGGCCCCUAUGACAGGGGUUCAGAUAUGAAGAUAUGGGUGAAUGCUUCAAAUGGAGUGACUCCACUCAUUGGGGAGGUCUGGCCUGGAAAAACUGUGUUUCCUGAUUAUACCAACCCUCAGUGUGCUGUUUGGUGGGCAAGGGAAUUUGAGCUUUUCCACAACCAAGUGGACUUUGAUGGAAUCUGGAUUGAUAUGAAUGAAGUCUCCAAUUUCAUUGAUGGUUCCGUGUCAGGAUGUUCCACAAGCGAUCUAAAUUAUCCCCCAUUCACUCCCAGAGUCCUUGAUGGGUACCUGUUCUCCAAGACUCUCUGCAUGGAUGCAGUGCAGUACUGGGGCAAGCAAUAUGACGUCCACAAUGUGUACGGCUACUCGAUGGCGAUUGCCACAGCAGAAGCGGUCAAUACUGUGUUCCCUAGUAAGAGAAGCUUUAUUCUAACCCGUUCUACCUUUGCGGGAUCUGGCAAGUUUGCAGCCCAUUGGUUAGGAGACAACACAGCCACCUGGAAUGACCUUCGAUGGUCCAUCCCUGGCAUCCUUGAGUUCAACCUUUUUGGUAUCCCUAUGGUGGGUCCUGACAUAUGUGGCUUUUUCUUGGAUUCCUCUGAAGAGCUCUGCAGGCGGUGGAUGCAGCUGGGAGCAUUUUAUCCAUUUUCCAGGAAUCACAAUGGCCAAGGCUACAAGGCCCAGGAUCCUGCCUUCUUUGGAGCUGACUCUCUGCUGGUGAAUUCCUCCAGGCACUACCUUACCAUCCGCUAUACUCUAUUGCCAUAUCUCUACACCCUCUUCUACCGAGCUCACAGCCGGGGGGACACGGUGGCCAGGCCCCUUCUGCAUGAGUUCUAUGGUGACAGCAGCACUUGGGAUGUGCACCAACAGUUUUUAUGGGGGCCCGGCCUCCUCAUCACUCCAGUUCUAGAGGAGGGUGCAGAGAAAGUGAUGGCAUAUAUGCCUGAUGCUGUCUGGUAUGAUUAUGAGACUGGGGGCCGAGUGAGAUGGAGGAAGCAACAAGUGGAGAUGGAUCUUCCUGGGGACAAAAUCGGGCUUCAUCUUCGAGGAGGAUAUAUCUUCCCUACACAACAGCCAGCCACAACCACUGUAGCCAGUCGAAGGAACCCUCUUGGUCUUAUCAUUGCUCUAGAUGAGAACAAAGAAGCAAAAGGCGAACUUUUCUGGGAUGAUGGGGAAACCAAAGACACUGUGGCAAAUCAAGUUUAUCUCUUAUGUGAGUUUUCUGUCACCCAAAACCGAUUAGAUGUGAAGAUUUUGCAAUCAACCUACAAAGACCCCAAUAAUUUAGUAUUUAAAGAGAUUAAAAUCCUUGGAACCCAGGAACCUUGGAAUGUUACAGUGAAACACAACGGUGUCUCAAGUCAAAUGUCUCCUAAUGUCACUUAUGACUCAAACCUACAGGUUGCCCUUAUCACAGAACUUGAUCUUAUCCUGGGAGAAGCAUACACUGUGGAGUGGGAGUUGAAGGUAGCGGAUGAAGAAAAAAUAGACUGUUAUCCAGAUGAGAAUGGUGUUUCUGCAGAAAAUUGCACUGCCCGUGGCUGUGUCUGGGAGGAAUCCAGUUCUCCUGGAGUCCCUUUUUGCUAUUUCGUCAGUGACUUAUACUCUGUCAGUGAUGUUCAGUAUGACACCCAUGGGGCCACAGCUGUCAUCUCUUUAAAUUCCUCUCCUUAUGCCUAUGCUUUGCCCUCAAUACCCGUGAACUCCCUCCAUCUGAAUGUGACCUACCAUAAGAAUGACAUGCUGCAGUUUAAGAUUUAUGAUCCCAACAACAACCGGUAUGAAGUUCCAGUCCCUCUCAACAUACCCCAGGUUCCAUCCAGCACCUCUGAGAGUCGACUCUAUGAUGUCCUCAUUAAGAAGAAUCCAUUUGGGAUUGAAAUUCGCCGAAAGAGUACAGGCACUGUAAUUUGGGACUCUCAGCUCCUUGGCUUCACCUUCAAUGACAUGUUCAUCCGAAUCUCCACUCGCCUUCCUUCCCGGUACCUCUACGGCUUUGGGGAAAAUGAGCACACAGCCUUUCGGAGAGACUUGAACUGGCACACAUGGGGGAUGUUUUCCCGAGACCAACCCCCAGGGUACAAGAAGAAUUCCUAUGGAGUCCACCCCUACUACAUGGGGCUGGAGGAGGAUGGCAGUGCCCAUGGGGUGCUCCUGCUAAACAGCAAUGCCAUGGAUGUGACAUUCCAGCCUUUGCCUGCCUUGACAUACCGCACCACAGGGGGAAUUCUGGACUUUUACGUGUUCUUGGGGCCAACUCCAGAGAUUGUCACUCAGCAAUACACUGAGUUGAUUGGUCGGCCGGUGAUGGUUCCUUACUGGUCCUUGGGGUUUCAGCUGUGUCGCUAUGGAUACGAGAAUGACACUGAGAUUGCCAACUUGUAUGAUGACAUGGUGGCUGCCCAGAUCCCCUAUGAUGUACAAUACUCAGACAUCGACUACAUGGAGCGGCAGAUGGACUUCACCCUCAGCCCCAAGUUUGCUGGAUUUCCAGAUCUGAUUACUCGCAUGCAUGCUGAUGGGAUGCGGGUCAUCCUCAUUCUGGAUCCAGCCAUUUCUGGCAAUGAGACACAGCCCUAUCCUGCAUUCACCCGGGGUGUGGAAGAUGACGUCUUCAUCAAAGCUCCAGGUGGUGGAGGCAUUGUCUGGGGAAAGGUCUGGCCUGAUUUUCCUGAUGUUGUUGUAAAUGAUUCUUUAGACUGGGAUACUCAAGUGGAGCUAUACCGAGCUUAUACAGCCUUCCCAGACUUUUUCCGUAAUUCAACUGUCAAAUGGUGGAAGAGGGAGUUUGAAGAACUAUACAGCAACCCACAGAAUCCAGAGAAGAGCUUGAAGUUUGAUGGCAUGUGGAUUGACAUGAAUGAACCGGCAAGCUUUGUGAAUGGGGCAGUUCCUCCAGGCUGCAUGAAUGCCACUCUGAACCACCCUCCCUAUAUGCCAUAUUUGGAGUCCAGGGACAGCGGUCUGAGCAGCAAGACCCUUUGCAUGGAGAGUGAGCAGAUCCUGCCAGAUGGCUCCCGGGUGCGGCACUAUGAUGUGCACAGCCUGUACGGGUGGUCCCAGACCAGACCCACAUACGAAGCUGUGCAGGAGGUGACAGGACAGCGAGGGAUUGUCAUCACUCGUUCCACAUUCCCCUCUUCUGGCCGCUGGGCAGGACACUGGUUGGGAGACAACACGGCUGCAUGGGACCAACUGAGGAAAUCUAUCAUUGGCAUGAUGGAGUUUAGCCUCUUUGGCAUAUCCUAUACAGGAGCAGAUAUUUGUGGGUUCUUUCAAGAUGCUGAAUAUGAGAUGUGUGCUCGCUGGAUGCAACUGGGGGCCUUUUACCCAUUCUCAAGGAACCACAACACCAUUGGGACCAGGAGACAAGACCCUGUGUCCUGGGAUGCUACCUUUGUGAAUAUCUCCAAAACUGUCCUGCAGACCAGAUACACUCUGUUGCCGUAUCUCUACACCCUGAUGCACUUGGCCCACACGGAGGGCAGCACUGUUGUGCGGCCUCUUCUCCAUGAGUUUGUGUCAGACCAGGUGACCUGGGAUAUAGACAGUCAGUUCCUGCUGGGCCCAGCCUUCCUGGUCAGCCCUGUCUUGGAGCCUAAUGCCAGAAACGUCACUGCAUAUUUCCCCAGAGCCCGCUGGUAUGAUUACUACACGGGUGAGGACAUUAAAGCAAGGGGAGAGUGGAAGUCCUUGCCAGCCCCUCUUGACCACAUCAAUCUUCAUGUCCGAGGGGGCUACAUCCUGCCCUGGCAAGAGCCUGCACAGAACACCCACUUAAGCCGUCAGAAAUUCAUAGGUUUCAAGGUUGCAUUGGAUGACGAUGGGACUGCUGAAGGUUGUCUCUUCUGGGAUGAUGGGCAAAGCAUUGAUACCUAUGAAAAAGGACUCUAUUAUCUGGCCAACUUUUCUGCCAGCCAGAAUACGAUGCAGAGUCAUGUAAUUUUCAACCAAUACAUCGUUGACACAAACCCUUUGAAACUGGGCUACAUUGAGAUCUGGGGAGUGGGCAGUGCUCCUGUUUCCAAUGUCAGUGUCUCUCUGAGCAGCACAGUUAUAACACCCGCCUUCACCUACAACCCUACAACACAGGUGUUAAACAUCGAUGUGACCAGCAGAGACAUCAGCCUACAUAAUUUCAUCUCAUUGACAUGGAGCAGCACUCUGUGAAUUUUUAGAGCAAGAUCCUAAUUAUGAAAGGCUUUGAAACUCCUUGUACAUCAUACCCAUAAAAUUACUGUGUGUUGCUAAUUGGUUCAAGCCCAAUAUGGUUAAAAUAUUUCAUUAAUUUUGUUGUAUGUUUUGUCUGCGUCUUAGCCCUGUAAUAUAGGCAGUAGGGAAGUGUGAAAAAUCUAUGGGGUACCUUAAUGUCUCUGUGUGAUCAGUAUGGUACUGAUCACUCAUCAUACAACAUUUGUUGAAGAUGCUCUGGGCCCAUGAUGGCAUGUGUGUGCAUGUCUAUGUGAGCGUAAUCAGGGAUUGGGCCCCACUCUUGGUAAAUACACAAUAAAAAGAUUGCCAGGACAGUUCCAGGCUCUGGAGCUAACUAAGCCAUCAAGAAAAUAUCCAGAAAGAAUAUCUGCUCUUGGAUUAUAGAGAAAAAGGGGCAAUAUGAUGGGAGCAUGACAUAAGAGGACGGAGAAGCAAACACAGGAAGGAUGAGAGGAAAUGGACCAUGAGGAUAAAAGUGAUCAUGACAAGCAAGAAGAUAACUUAAAAUAUCAUGAGUAGUAGCCUCAUGGGGAGGUGAAAGGAAGAGCCAACUCACCUGAAAGAAAGAGGAGGGUUUGGGGAAAUGCUUAGCUAUAGGACUGGGAGGAGGAUGAGAUUUAAACAAGCAAAGCUGAAGGCAGGAGUUUGAAUAUAAAAAAAUAACUUCUUUUUGCAGUGGUGUGCUUUGAAAUUUGUCAGUCUUAUUUCUAUACUCUGCCUGAUGUAUAUAACCACAGUUCCCAUAAAUGCAUGAAAUUUAUAUGCCAGAGAAAAAUAAAACAAGCAAAUUUAUCAGAGA